AUGAACACUACUCUGCAAUUGGACCAAGCUCGACAACAAGCAUCAGUACCACAACAACAUAAAAUUCCUUUUGAACAGUUAAAACGUGCUGUUUCAAGCAAUCUUCCAUGCUUUUUCAUUGAAUACGAACAAGCAGAAAACUCGAAGAAUAGACCAUCGGAUAUAUCAGCAGCACGUGUAAUUGAAGAUUAUUUCAAACAACAGGGAAUCUCGAUAUCGUUCUCACUAGGCGGUGAUACAUGUAGUAAUGGGAGAUUCGGUGUUAACAACAAAUAUUCCUAG